AUGUACUGCAGUGCACUUCAACUGGCUGCCAGUCACAGGUGACUGAAUUACUGUAUAUUAACAAUAUUGAUCAGAGAGUUCUGUGCGAAGACAUAGGCAAGCGGUGGUAUAUAACAUCCACAGUUCUUAAAAAAAAAGACACUAGAUCUGAGCUGAAUGCCACACAUACAAAUUUGCGUGUCCUGCACACUUUCAUAGGAAUGGUGGAGAAUAAUGAUGGAGUGGCAGUCAAAGGAUGGAACUUGCCCGAGGAAAUGUCUGCCUUGGCGGUGGAGCAAAGAAAUCAUCUCAGGUGCAGGCACUAUGUGGAUUUUUACAUCGCAGAAUCGUUAGGAAUUACAACGGCUUCGUAAGACAUUCACCCAUCAGUGGAUUAAUCCUGGCUGCUAAUGAUGACGCCAUGUCAAGUUGUACGAUUGAUUCACUGGACGUAACUAGUACAGGACACGAGAAUGGGGUGUAAUGCCAGUGUAAGAAUCAAACAGCAAACGAGGUAUUAAAUACUGCAAGGUAUGUGUGUAGUAAUAAUAAUAAAUGGCAACUUAACGAUAGGGAUAGGCGUGGAAAAGAAUGUGUGCGCACCUUGAGGCAUCCACAGACGGGCGAAAAGACAAGCUGCCGUGAGCUGGCUGGACACUGGAGAGUGUGAAGACCAUCAACGACGCAAUGUAUGUGUGUUGAACUUCUUUCGCACCGUACGUAGCCAACCGUGCUAAUCGGAGCUGCGGGAGAAGGACAACAGAAAUGCCAACCCUUUUGGUAAUGAUGAUCCUGUUGGUUUUACAGGUGUCUCCAGCCAUCUCCAUGCAGGUGCUGGUUGCAGACCGAGAGACCAUAAUACAAAUCGACAUGUCUGGAAAGUUGGUGCAAUGCUCUGCCGCUGUGGACAUCCUGCUGCUAAUGGACGGUUCAUACAGUAUUGGAAAAGUCAGCUUUGAACGCUCGAAGCACUUCGCCUCCAACCUCUGCAAUAUGCUUGACAUCAAUCCGGAUCGGGUGCAACUUGGCAUCGUUCAGUACAGCUCCAAGCCCAGGCUGGAGUUUGCUCUGGAUGUGUAUCCUACGAGAGAGGAAGCAAAGGAAGCUAUAGCAAGAAUAGCAUUCCGUGGGGGUGGUACAGAGACGGGGCGAAGCAUCAAGUACGUGCUGCGUAAGGGCUUCCCGGGCGGUCGAGAGGGCAUCCCCAAGAUCCUGGUCCUGCUCACGGACGGCAAGUCUCAGGACAACGCGACGUUGGCUGCAAAGCACGCGCGCAACAGCGGCCUGACCGUGUUCGCCGUCGGGAUCCGCCACCCUGCGUGGGAAGAAUUAAAUAGAAUGGCGAGUGACCCCGAUGACAUGCACGUGUUCUACGCGGAGCAUUACAACGACGCACUCAAUGGCCUUUACACAACGCUCACACAGGCCACCGUGUGCUCGGAUGUGCACCCGUCCUGCAAGGUGGAGUCACGCAUUUGUCUGCGCACGAGCGUGGAGUCCGUGCAGGAAUAUCGCGGCAGUCACGCCUGCUGGAAGGGCAAAAGAGGACAACUCUCCGGGAAGCCGUAUGCGACUUUCUGUCCAUACUACGCGUGGAAGAGAAUACGUAACGUCCAUCAGAGUCGGUGCUACCGUACUCUGUGCCCAGACCCGUGUGACCCCAAUCCAUGUCAGAAUGGGGGCACGUGUGUGGCUGAAGGAGUUGAGGCGUACAGCUGCCUCUGCCCCCUUGGGUUCGGAAGCCACAGGGACUGCGGUGGGACCCAGUUUUUAGUGCCAAGCGUGGCUGUGGGCUGUGCCGUGGACCUGCUCUUCCUAGUGGAUGGCUCGUGGAGUAUGGGCCUCGAGGGCUUCCUUCGUGCCAAGGCCUUUGUGAAGCGGGUCAUCCACAGCCUUCUGCAGACCUCCCCGAGCAUUCUUAUCGGCUUCAUGCAGUACUCCGACACAGUGCACGUGGAGUUCACCUUGGGUCAGCAUGCCGGCUACACGAGCCUCGUCCGCAGCAUCGACGCCGUCAAGUACCGUGGCGGCAACACCAACACAGGCGGCGCUUUGGCCCACGUGGCCCAGCUGGAGUUCAGGGCGGAGACCGGCUCCAGGCAGGAGGUCCCGCACGCCGUGGUGGUGCUCACCAACUCCAGGUCGCGCGACGCGGUCGCUCUGCCGGCCCAGUUCGCCCGAGAGAGGGAGAUUUUCCUCCUCGCUGUGGGGAGCGAGCAGGUCCGCGCGGAGCUACAGAGCAUUGCGACGCCGCUGAAUGCGCUGCCUUUCAGCGACCCGCUGGACUUGUACAACAAGGUGAUGGAGCUGAGGAGCCGGAUCUGCAGUCUCAAUUCACAAGGAUGUUAUUCCAGACCUUUGGACGUCAUCUUUGUCCUCGACUCGUCUGCAAGCAUGGGCCGGCAAAAUUUCCAGAGCGUCAAGGAGUUUGUGAAGGACUCCGUGUCGCAAUUCGACAUCGACCGUGACCUCGCUCAGGUGGCGGCGGUGAUUUACAGCACCAAACCGCGCGCGCUCUUCCACCUGGACACAUAUGACAGCGAGAGCCGGAUGAAGCGAGCGCUGUCCACCGCGCCGUUCCUUGGCGGCCUCGCGCUCAUCGGGAGAGCACUCGGCUUCGUGGCCGAUGAGCUCCUCACGGUGCACAGGGGAGCUCGUCCCGGCGUGCGGAAGGUCGUCGUGGUGGUGACGGACGGGCUGAGUGCGGACGACGUCGUGGGGCCCGUCACGACGCUGCUGAGCAACGGGGUGUCCGUAAUCCUCGUCAGCGUGGGGGAUGCCAAUCGCAGGCUCUGGAUCACUGCGCAGCCCAGCGAUGUUAUUUCGAUCCCUUCCUACAACACGCUAAAGCACUACAUGGACAAUGUCAUCUGGAGGAUCUGUGAAGAAUCCAAGCAGCCGACCAGCCCCUGCUUGCCAAACCCCUGCACAAAUGGAGGAAUGUGCUCACUGCUCACCGGCAGCUACCACUGCCAAUGUGUGGGUUGGGAUGGGCCUCACUGUGAACACCGAAUUAGGCGGAAUGACGUUCACGCUGGCUACCAUUACACUGGAAGAAGAACAUAACUGUUUGUUAAAACCAUUAAAAUAUAUAUCGUUUUUUCAUAUGUUUUGCUAUUUGUGUUUAAUAAAGUGAAUAUUUUAUCACCACAAACUAUCCCGAUAAAAAUAAGAGUUGUGAUUCGGAUGCUUCAAAUGAUCACACAAAGAGAAAAUGUACACAUAAAAAUGUUUCUGCCAUAAUUGAAUUGGCAAUCGCAUGUUCAGUGUCACGUUACAUACGCAGCGAUGUUAACAAUGAACAGUGUCGUACUGAUGACGAACAUAUAUCUCAGUUAUACAUCAAGUUGUUUGCAAGCUAAUUUUCACGAUUAAAAUAGAGUUCAACUUCUCAUGCGACUCACGAAAAACCAUGAUUAACAAUCAUCAUACAUCGAAUACAUCAGUGCAAUACUUAAUGGCAUAAAUACAUCACCUUUUAAAUUGCUUUGCUUACUAAUAGCCAGUAGCUUGAAUAAAAAUCAAUCUUAAUAUUUCAAUUUUCAUAAUGGCUUUUGUAAAUAUAGCAGCAGAUAUAUAAAUACAUUCUUUGUUUAUUCUGCCUGAUAAAUCAUGUUCGACGUAAAUGUUUCUUUUCUUCAAUAUUAUCUUAAUAUUUAAAAUAUAUACACAGUGCAAUAGGCAAACAGUAGAAAAGGUACAAAUAUGUUAAAUGAAAAUGUUUGUGUUUGUGUAUUUUGACAUUACAUUUUAAUCAUAUAUAUUUUAAUUAUCUACUAAUAUCACUCUAUUUAACCAUAAAUCAAUGCAUAAACUUUACAUGAGAUUCAUUGAAUGUGAAAUGACUUGUAAAAUAUAUUAAACACAGUAACGACAUUGUGAAGAACACUGGCCCACACUUUCAGCUGUCUGAUGGCAACUGUCCCAUCUUGUCUAAAAACAACAACCUUGUGAGUGAUCCUGAAGGCCAUGAUACACUCGGCCGACAUGUUAGCAAUCCUUCAUGGCCAUCGUCCCUUGGAAAACAUAAGGGCAGCUAUUACUUACUGAUUAGGCAAUCGCACAGUAACAGAGUUCUGUCUAGCCAAACAAUACGGUUUCGUGGGAACUGUGUUUGCUGACUGCACCUUUGAGUGACCAUGUGAAUGUCUAUCCCAGUUGUCCACUGAGGGCAGCAAAUUUGGCAACUUAAUAUUUUCACCAAAUAAAAUUGUGUGGUAACCAUUGCUGGGGCCGAUUUUUGGCAACAAUUACCUAAGAAUGUCUCCAAUAAAAACUACCAAACGUCCUUGUUUGGCCAAGACGG